UCUCCGUCUCUGGAACAUCAAUCAGCAGCAAUGGAGCAGCAGAGAAAGCAGAAAAUGGUGCAAGAACAACACGAUGAACUAGAUGACGUUCAGCAUGGACCUUUCCCAGUUGAACAGCUUCAGGCAUCUGGAAUUGCUGCUCUUGACAUAAAAAAGCUUAAAGAUGCUGGUCUCUGCACUGUUGAAUCUGUUGCAUACUCUCCAAGGAAGGAGCUUUUGCAAAUAAAAGGAAUUAGCGAAGCUAAAGUUGAUAAGAUAAUUGAGGCAGCUUCAAAGUUGGUGCCUUUGGGUUUCACCAGUGCCAGCCAACUCCAUGCUCAGAGGCUUGAAAUCAUUCAGAUUGCUACUGGAUCAAAAGAACUUGACAAAAUAUUAGAAGGAGGAAUUGAAACUGGAUCCAUAACUGAGAUAUAUGGGGAGUUUCGUUCUGGAAAGACUCAACUAUGUCAUACACUCUGUGUCACUUGCCAACUUCCACUAGAUCAAGGGGGUGGUGAGGGGAAAGCAAUGUAUAUUGAUGCUGAGGGAACAUUCAGGCCACAGAGACUUCUACAGAUUGCUGACAGGUUUGGAUUGAAUGGUGCUGAUGUCCUGGAGAAUGUGGCCUAUGCUCGAGCAUAUAACACUGAUCAUCAGUCAAGGCUUUUGCUUGAAGCAGCUUCAAUGAUGGUAGAAACCAGAUUUGCUCUUAUGAUUGUGGAUAGUGCCACAGCCCUUUAUAGGACAGAUUUUUCUGGGAGGGGAGAGUUGUCAGCCAGGCAAAUGCAUUUAGCAAAGUUCUUGAGGAGCCUUCAGAAAUUAGCAGAUGAGUUUGGUGUGGCUGUUGUGAUUACCAACCAAGUUGUUGCCCAAGUGGAUGGUUCAGCCAUUUUUGCUGGGCCACAAAUCAAACCUAUCGGUGGUAACAUCAUGGCCCAUGCUACAACAACAAGGCUUGCUCUUAGAAAGGGAAGAGCUGAGGAGCGCAUUUGUAAAGUAAUUAGCUCUCCAUGCUUAGCUGAAGCUGAAGCGAGGUUUCAAAUUUCUCCUGAAGGCGUAACUGAUGUCAAGGACUGAUCCUCUUUAUUGAACGUUGCCAAAGAUCUUACUUUUCAGUCUAGCUUUGUGCCUUCUAUUGUAAAAGGUACAGUUUCUGUCACUUUUUAAGAUUUUUUUUUUUGGGGGGGAAAAAGGAUCUGUUUUUGUAUCAUUUCAGUUUGUGAAUCAGUUUACAAGAAGGGAUACAGGUAGAAACAAUUCAGCCCAUGAGAAGAGCAUAUUCACGUUUGUUAUGCUUCUGCAUCUUGGCGCUGAUUUUUACUUGUAACUACAAGAAGGCAAAUUGAAAAUCUUGCAGAUUUGUCCUUGUAAAUGCUAUUUGCUGUUCUUCA